UUUACCUGUGCCCGGCAUCGGAAUAUUUGAGUGCAACUACCGCAUAGAACUUAGGUAUAAGGCGAAAUGUUACUUCCGUGUUUACUUUUUUGACAGAAUGUCUCGGAUGUCACGUGGGUCCCUGUUGGACAAGAGACGACCCCUGCGUACCACCGCCCUAACUUCAGCUGCCUUGGAUAAAGAAAUUUGCUUCCUCCAAGACACUCCAAACCACUUUAUUGAGUUUGAUGUGAAGUAUCUUGGUGAAAUACCUGGUGUACCAGGGGACACAGAUACUACCAACAGAACAGAGGUGCUCAAAAUCAUUGACCGAGGAAAGAAGCAGGGCUUGGUACCUUUGCAAGUUACACUCGACCAGGAUGCCAUUCUGUAUCUGAGCACUGAGAUCAUACGGAUCACAAGAAGGGAUCCACCCGAGGAAGACCUUCACCAGUUCCAACUACAUGAGAUAGCCCAGGUUUGCUACGUGGCAGAAGAGGGUCAACAUAUUCUAGCUGUCACCCAUGGGACCCCAGACAUUUUGAAUAUGACGGUGCUCCUGUGUGAUAGUCAGGAAUUAGCUGAUGGCGUAACAUCAAUUUGGUCAUACUGUUUCCACCUCGUGUAUACAGAGGCUAUGGUCGAGCUUAUCGAGGAAACGAUUGAUAUGGUCAUACAGGAACAACCCAGGCCUUCAGGAUCUGAUUCAACUAUCGAUGAUGUAGUAAGCGUGAGUGAGAGUUCAACUCAGGCGUCUGAGAGAGCCAGCAUUCUACGUGACUACAUGUGGCAUUUGAAGACAAAGUUGAAAGUGGAAGAAUUGAUUCAGUUCUCCCAGUUCUGGAAGACAUGGAAUUACUCGAGCAACAAAUUGCAGGAAUUCUGUGAUAACCUUCUCACCCUGUUUGGACCAGAGAGGACAUACUUAUUAUCACGGUUAUUCCCCUUCAUCCCGGCUGAGGAUACAUGGAAGUUUGAGGCAUUCUUGAAGAAACAGGACAUUAACCUACCUGAACAUGGGACUCUGAGUAGUCACCAUGGUUACCCAGCAUUUUAUACGCGAUCAAUUAGCGAUGUGUCUAUAAAUAGUAACACUGCAACGAGCAAUGGAGCCGAUCUUAGUGCACGAGACUUGGACAGCGAACUUGAUUCAAUGGGCCGAACAUUUGAAAGGAUUGAACAAAGUGUCGGGGAUACAGUGCUCUCAUAUCUACCCCAACCUGGCGCAUAUGAUCGGCCUAGUCAAGAUACAUUGAUAUAUGAUAGGAAUACAAAAGCGUAAAAAAAUGUGUGCGAGUGGGGGGGGGGGGGAGAUUUUGGUGCUUACAUGUACUGAAUGUUUUAUUCAGUAUAUAACUUUAUUCAUAGCUUUGCUUUAAAUAUUUAAGGGUCUUACCAAUGGAUAUGUAUCUUGCAUGAUGAAGAAGAAACACUUUGUCUGGUGCCGUUUGUUGUCAGGAUCACUGGCUGGGCUCUCAACCGCCAAUAUGGUUUCCUUUGCCCUGUAUACCCAAUAUUCGGUCACCUUUUAACCCCGUUACUUAUUAUAUCAUGUAUUGUCAUCAAAACUUGUCAUGUAUUUUGACAAAGUGCUUAAAAGUCGGGGCACUAAUUAAACAAAGGUGCAUUUUAAGUGUAUUUCAUCAUGUGAUAAGCCUGUUAUAUAUAUUUUUUAAUAAAUUGUUGAAAGCCUA